CGUCUCUUUCUUUUGUGUGUAUUUCGCAGGGUUGGAAAGAAGUCAUCAAUGAUCCUAAGUGGAAGGUAGCUAUGGUAGAAGCAAUGUAAGCUUUGAGUAAAAAUAACACAUGCGAGUUGGUAUCUCUUCCUAAUGGGAAAAAACUAGUCGGGUGUAAGUGGGUGUUCACCAUUAAGCACAAUGCAGAUGGGACAAUUGAACGGUACAAAGCAAGACUAGUGGCCAAGGGAUUUACCCAAACAUAUGGAAUAGAUUAUCAAGAAACUUUUGCCCCGGUAGCAAAGAUGAAUUCCAUUCGAACUAUUCUGUCAUGUGCGGCUAAUUUGGGAUGGUCUCUACAACAACUAGAUGUGAAGAAUGCUUUUCUUCAUGGGGAUUUGGAGGAGGAGGUAUAUAUGGAUGUACCUCCAGGAUUCUCAUCUCAGUCUACAGUUGGAAAGGUUUGUAGAUUAAAGAAGGCUUUGUACGGUUUGAAACAAUCUCCUAGAGCCUGGUUUGGUAGAUUCCUCAAGGCAAUGGUGGGAUUUGGGUAUCAGCAAAGCAAUGCGGAUCACACCUUGUUUGUCAAACGUAAUGUACAUAAGGUAACAGUGCUUAUUGUAUACGUGGAUGACAUAGUUGUGACAGGUAAUGAUGAGGAGGAGGUGACCCAUCUUAAGAUGCAGUUAGCCAAGGAGUUUGAGAUAAAAGAAUUUGGUCCAUUGAGAUACUUCCUUGGGAUUGAAGUUGCUAGAUCUGACAAAGGCAUCUUUAUUUCUCAAAGGAAGUACAUUCUAGAUCUUUUUGAGGAAACGGGCAUGUUGGGCUGCAGACCAGCUGAUUCACCAAUUGAGACUAAUCAUCAUCUUUGUAGUGGAAUUGGUGAGCCUGUGGAGAAGGAAAGGUACCGAAGACUUGUGGGAAGACUGAUAUAUCUCUCUCAUACUCGUCCAGAUAUUGCCUAUACAGUUGGAAUAGUGAGUCAGUUUAUGCAUGAUCCUCGUGUAACUCAUUUGGAUGCAGUCUAUCACAUUUUGAGGUACCUUAAAUCUGUCCCUGGAAAAGGAAUUUUGUUCUCUAAUCAUGGUCACUUGAGGUUGGAAGCAUUCACAGAUGCAGAUUGGGUAGGCUCUAUAGAUGACCGACGCUCUACAUCUGGUUAUUGUGCUUUUGUAGGGGGAAAUCUAGUCACAUGGCAUAGUAAGAAGCAGGGGGUCGUUUCUAGAUCUAGUGCUGAAGUUGAAUACAGGGCUAUGGCACAUGGAACAUGUGAACUAAUGUGACUUCAAUCUUUGUUGAGUGAUAUAGGGCUUGAUUGGAGUGGUCCCAUGACUUUGUAUUGCGACAACAAGGCUGCUAUUAGUAUUGCACACAAUCCUGUUCAACAUGACCAGACUAAGCAUAUUGAGAUUGACAGACAUUUCAUCAAGGAGAAAUUGAAUAAGGGUGUGAUAUGUAUGCCUUUUGUUAAGUCUGAAGAUCAACUGGCGGAUGUUUUUACUAAGGGUCUUAGUAGUAAAGCCUUUCACCCUAUUUGUUGCAAGUUGGGCAUGAGAAACAUCUUUGCACCAACUUGAGGGGGAGUGUUAAGUGUUAGGGGUAGUUUGGUCUUUAUGUAUUAUUCUUAUUAGUAUAAGUAGUUGUGUGUAAGGGGGAAACCCUAAGUUUUUUGAAUCAAUAAUCUAUAGCAGUUUUCUCUUGUUCUAUUUCUUCUUCUUCUUCUUCUUCUCAUCUAUACAUUUAACAGAACUAACAUUUCACACUCGAGCUGCGCUUUCCCCGCUCGAGUGAACAUGCCAAAUUCUGAAAUUUCCAGAAUUGUUCUUGAAGCUCAAACUUAGCAUUCAAAGGCCCAAAACUCAUGUUUCUGGUUCAAAAACGUGGGAACACAAUAUAUAUCAUGAAGACACAAGCAAUAUGAGGCCAAUUAUCCAAAAUCAUGAUUUAAUUCCCAAAUCAUUUAACAUUCUUCUUGACGUGGUCAAAACUCAUGCAUUCUAACUUCAUGCAAACUCCAUAUCUCUAUGGAUCAUUCAUGCAUGUGUAAUAUAGACCCUAAUACCAUUUCCAAUGACAUAAGUGAUACUUAUUCUCAUGAAGUUCAACAAAACUAUGCUUGCAUGUAUAAUUCAACUCUCAAUUUCUCAUAAUUAACAUGCUACAUGCUUGAUUAUGCAAUAUCAUGGCAAUACUCUACAUGCAUAGUCAUAUUGACUUCAAAUUCAACUUAAUUCUUGUCAUUGAUUACCAUAUAACUUGAAUCCACAAAAUUACAAACUCAAACUCAUGAAUUCAUGCCCAAUUACGUACCAUGAGCUCCAAUCUUCCAAACUCUAGUUAAUUCUUGAGUUAAUCUUCAAGAUCUUCAAGCUUCUUGUUCAAUUCUUUAACUUGAGCUCUCUCUCUCUCUCUACAAUCGGCACACUCUCUCUCUCUAGGG